AUGUAUGUCUAUGCUUCGAAGGACCCGGCCUAUCAAAAGGAGAGCUUGCAGCACCUGAGACAAGGUCUGAUGUCACUUCCUGUCCCUAAGAACGACUUUGAGAUUGUUCUUCCCGAAAAUGCAGAGAAAGAACUGGAAGAAGCUGAGAUAGAGACGGGAUUCAUAGAAGACUCAGCAGAUAUAGAAGCACGCAAGCAGAUCAGUGAUGCUGAGUUGGAGGAAGUCGUUAAAUUGGGUGUUGCCAGUGAGGUCGCCCGUCAAGCUGCUGAGGAGAGUGAAAGUGGAAACUCUGCCUCCUCCACCCUCCUGUCCGAAUACAGCGUCACCAACACCAUGGCAACAGGGCUCCGGACCCCACGAACCCCUGCUGCUCAGGACAGGAUAAUGCAGGAAGCCCAGAAUCUGAUGGCUCUGACUAACAUUGACACCCCCCUGAAGGGAGGCCUCAACACCCCGCUGCAUGAGAGUGACUUCAGUGGAGUGACACCUCAGCGCCAGCAGAUACAAACACCCAACACUGUUCUCAGUACACCAUUCAGAACUCCUGGCCCAGGUCAGGGGUCAGAGGGCAUGACGCCUCAAGCCGGAGGCGCGAUAACCCCACGCGUGGGAGGGACUCCAGGUUUAACCCCCGGCCGCACACCACUGAGAGACAAACUGAAUAUUAACACAGAGGAGCAACUGGCUGAUCCUGCAUAUGCUAAACACAUGAAAAGAGUAGAAGACUCUUUCACAGCAGCUCCAACACACAGAAAGUCAGUGAGAAAUGUGGGAAGCUGUGUUUUGGAUCAACAUCUGUCUCCUCCUUCCAGUGACCAUGUUGUUCAUCUGCUGUGUGUGUUGUGCGGUACGUAA